AAAAUCAUUCCCCAAAAGAUGUGAUCCUGACAAAUGGUUCCUUCCAGAACGCAGUUAAACCAAGUAAAUAAUUAAAAGGAUGAAAUAAUGAUUUUACAUUAAGGUAACAUGUUAAUCACAAAACUAAAAAAAUGGAAUUAUCUCGUUUUAUUUAAAAAAUCGAAUAUAUUUUCACUGCCAUCAAGCACACACUGAAAUACUUAAUGCGACCAAAUACACCGCAGUACUGCAGUACUACUUCCUCUAGCUACUAGCUAGUACCAGCUAGUACUUUUCCAUGUACUGACAAAGAUUUCCAUCCAGUCUCACUGCGAUCUCAGCAACGAAAUUGAAUACACAGGGCGUUUGCCCACCUGAGUAAUGGCACCAAAACGGGCAGCAACAACAACACACUCUGUCAGUGUCCACACAGGCUCUUCUGUCAAAAUGAUGAAGAUUGGCAUGGAUCAUUCUCUGGAGGACUUUGGUGAGGUAAUAGAGGAGAAGUACAGAAUACCAGAUGAUGGAUAUUCACCCAUAGAGGGUGAACCAAUCACCUUCGAGGAAGAAGACGAUCAAAGUCCUGAAACGAGAACCGACACCAUAACUCUCCUGAUGAAAAUUGAUCAGCUCCAAGCAGAACUGAAAUAUGAGCGCAGAUGCAGGCAGCUGGCUGAGAGGGAACUGAAACAGAUGAAAGAGAUGAAUGACCUGAUGACCCAGAUGAGACACACUGCCCAUGACCUGAGGACUGUUCUGGACCAUGCCCGGGGGCAGCAGGGGAAUGAUGUGAAUGAUGUUGUGAAUGAUGCUGUCACCCCAGAGAGCUGUGAGGGGCAGAGCAUCUCUUAUGCGGACGUGCCAGUUCAGAUGUCACAGGUGGUGUCACAGGAGGUAGAGGACGCUAACUAUAUCCACCUCCCCGGGGGUCUGAGAGUGCAGAGGAAUCUGUACAAGGGGAUCUCAGAGAUCAUGGACUUCAAGAAGUACAUCUCAGCCAUGCUGAUGGUGCUGUUUGACAGGGAGACGCUGGGCACACACAGUCUGCAGGGCAGGAGGUGUAACAUCGCCAAAGAGGAAACCCAGAAACCUCAACUUCCCCCUGACAUCAUGAGAGGCCUUCUAGAUCACGUGAGGAUAAAGUUUGGUGUGGAUUACAGUGCGAUUCGAGCUGCCGUCAGAACAAAGUUAAAUAAUGAAGACAAACUGUUGAAGAAGAGACUUGGGAUCCGUUAAAUCUCCAUUCAAAAAAAAUUAAAAUAACCAAAUACCAGGUUAUAAUCACACAAUUGUUUACAUUGCAAUUACUGUAUUCUGUCCUGUAAGUGCAAUGUUUUAUUCCACCAACUGAUGUCAGUGUUUAGACAGUUUAGUUGGUUGAUGUUACUUUUGAUCAGAAGGAUAUUGACUUUGUUUGUUUGUAUGAUUUAAGAGUACUGUAGACUACACAUAUUAUAGAUUACAUUUGUGAUAGAUUGACUCACAUAGUAGCCUUAACAACACAUUAUUCUAUAAUGAUUGUGCCUGUUAAAUAAAUGUCUUUCUGAUUCCCACAACAUCCAAUCUGGUUUCACUAAUGCUAUUAAAUUAAAUGUUUUAUAUAUAAAAAAAAAACAUGUUAAACCCCUAA